AUGCUACAAACAAUCAAGGUCUUAGGCAUACUGAUAUUUUUGAACGACGUGGUUACCUGUGCCUCGGAUAUACGUGAGCUAGUGCAUCAGCAGCGUCUACAGCAAGCUGAUUUGGUAGUGGGUAUAGAUUGGGGCACGGUGAAGGCGGAAAACGAGGACCCCAAGGAUUCUCUGAUCCGCCUUUACGACAGGUGGAUGCUACGCGGCAUCAAUGGCGAGCUACCGUGUCCUUUUGAGCAGAACGCAGGCUAUAGUCCGCAGACAGAUAAUGAUGGGGCUUCGAUGGCCACCUGCGCUUCCGAUCUUCGAGUGUCUCUGGGUGCGAGAGGCGGAGGUUCUAAUGGCGCUCUGCGCGAGUUGGGUCGUCUUAUCUGCCAAGAUGGCUACAUGCGCAGCCACUGUCCUGGUGCGAGUGAGUGCGAAUACGUCUGCCGCGACAUUUGGAACAUGCGCCAAGGAAGGGGCCGGAUCGUUCUAGCCCCACAGGCACGUACGACUUACAAUGUGGAGGGUUGGACACCGAUACAUCGAUUGGCGCCUGCUAGACGGCGAGAUGCUGCAGGUGUGGAGGCAUUGGAGUUGAUAGUUUCGAACGAAGUCGAGGCUCCGAAGAAUGUAGUCUGCAUUGCCACAAGAACGGAACAGGGCGGUCUUUUCCACGCCUGGAUCGAGCAGAAUCAACGCAAGAAGUUGUCGCCUGUAAUCGACUACGAAGCUAGCAGAUCGAGCCGUCAAUAUCGCGGAAUUCAAUUCUACCAGAACGGUCGAAAGACUCAUAUCUGUGCAAGCAUAGCUGUCGUAUCCUAG